CCUUCCAUCUAUGGGUGGAAUGACUUGAACGCUAACAGGACAUGUGACGUGCGCCUGAGAAGAUGAAUCCAGUCCGCCGAGUUACGCUCGGCAUGGUCAUCUUUCUAUUCAUGACAUUGCUUUGGAAUGUGGAAGGCUCGGUCUGGUGGUGGAGCCCCCAAUUCGGGCUGACUCGGGCUCGGCGUGUGCUCCAAGAGUCGCGCGAAGGGAAUGUAUCCACUUCAGCUGAAUUUUGGACAGUCCUGGCGAAGCCCGGCGUUGAACGCAUUUAUUUGCGCUCAGACAUCUCUUUUGUCCUUGCGGACGCGCCUAAGGAGCCGGUGAGCAUAUACAAUGACCUACGCAUUAUCGGAGCGGGAGUUGGCACGCUCACACAUCUGUCGGCCAACUACUUGUCUAAUAAGAUCAGGCUGCAACCCAAUGUGACUCUGUCGCUCGAAAACCUGGUGCUCACGGGCAUUCUCCGAGGCAUCGGACAGCAUCUGGACCUGUUGUCCCGCUCGGACGGCGGCUCGGUGCGCUACCUCAACACCAUCAACUACCGCCAGGCCUGCCUGCCGUUUACCGUGUUCUACACGCAGCUGCAGUCGCUGCCGCCCGCACUGCCCGCGGCGGGUGUGGCGGACCCGCCCGGGCUGGUGCCGCGGAACAUCGCUGUGCGCUUCCUCAACGGCUCAGCCCUGGUGAUGGCGCCCAACGGCACCAUCUACGUCAGCAGCGGCGCCGGCAGUAGCAGUACUAGUAGCAGUGGAGGCGGCAGUAGCAGCGGUGGCGGCGCCGGCGCCAUUGCUGGCGACGGGGCGGCGGCGCCGCCCCCGGCGGCGCAACUGUGCUGGACCACCUCGCCCUCCCUGACGGCUGCCUCACCGCGCACGUGCAUGAGCCCGUACCUGGACAUGGUCGCGUACGGCACCUACAACCAGAUCCUGGAUGGGGCCGUGGGCAGCAACGGAGGCUACAACAGCUACUUCGCUCGCUCGUACGGCGUGUGCGACAACGCCAUCUCCAUGGAAUGUCUCAACAACCUGGGCGGCGACCUGUGCCUGGCCGCCGCACUGGCGCCCUUCAUCAAGAGCGCCACAGAUGUGGCGGGGCCGCCGCCUGAGGACAACACCGUACCUCUGGCGGUCGGGCUGGGCGUGGGGCUGGGAGCCACGCUGCUAGUGGCGGCGGUGCUGCUUGUGGUGUACGUGCGCAGUCGUUCUCGGCACCAUGAGGAGUCGGCCAAGGCGGCGGCCGAGAUCGCCGCCGCCAACGCCAACGCCGCCGCCGCCAACGCCGCCGCCAGCCGCAACGGCUCCCUGUACCCGCCCACCAGCAGCGACACGGUGUCGGUGGCGCUGGUCGACAUGGAGAAGGGGAGCAGCCGCAGCGGCGCCGUCGGGUUGUCCAUGGCGGCGGCCAGUGGGGCAGGCAGUCGGCCGCCGUCGGCGUCGACGCCUCCGGGCGCGAGCGGCGAACGUGGGCUACUGCUUGACAGUGGCGGCGGCCGUGGCGGCCGCGGCGCGAAGCGUGCCGGCCCUGCAGCGAUGUCGCCGGGAGCGAGCCGGUACAGGGGCGAGGCACGCGGCGGCGGCAGCAGCGGCGGCGUGAUGGGUCGGGCUGAGCUCAACGGCGGCGGGGGCAUGAGUGGCAAUGAGUCGGAUGAGGAGAGCAUCACCAGUAGCAGUAGCAGCACCAGUAGCGGCGUGACCAUUGAGGGCUCAACCAUGACGAUGGUGCAACGGCCGGGCGACGGACGGGACGGUGGUUCCGGUGUGGGGCUGGGUGAGGUGGAGGUGGCUCGCUUCCAGCUGCUGGCCAACGCCGCCAGGCAGCAGGCCGCGCGCGGCAGCCGCAAAGGCGGCGGCAGCCAGGGCGGCGGCGGCGGCGGCGCCUCCCUGGAUGUGCGGGUGAUGCACCUGCUCGGCCAGGGCUCCUUCGGCAAGGUGUACAAAGGGAUCUGGCACGGCACGCUGGUGGCUUUAAAGGCUCAGGUGCUGCCGGCCUCCCUCAGUGGGGACGCGCGGCGCCGUCACAUGGCGGUGAUGGAAGCAGCCAUAUCCAGCGCCAUCAACCACCCGGCCAUCGUGCAGACCUACUGCUAUUCCUUCCGGCCCAUACGCGACAGCGUGGGCGAGCGCCUGGAGGGCAAGCGCAGCCGGGCCGCCAAGAUACCAGAGGAGGGCCCCGCCGAGCAAGACGACAGGGGUCGGGGCGGCCGCGGCGGCUCCGGUGCCGCGCGCUCCGGAGACAUGAGUGGCGGCGGCGAGGACCACGGGCACGAGCUGCUGCUGGUGCUCGAGUACUGCGACGGCGGAUCGCUACGUGCGGCGCUGGACAGGGGCAUAUUUCACCGCGGCCGGCCCUGGCCCUGGGACUGGCGCCGAGCCAUCCACGCCAACCAGCACGGCGGCGCAGCCGCCGGCGGCCCCCAAGGCGACUUGGCUGGCGCCUUCGCAUGGCGCUCGCCCGUGCCAGGCGCCACGUGCGGAGCGCAACCAGUCGCGGCUGCAGGCGGCAGUGCCGCCGCCGCCGCGGGCCUGGUCCCGGGUGCGGGCCGGCCGGGCGGCGCGUACCAGCAUCUCGGCACGGCCGCAGAGGGCGGCGCGUGCUUGAACCUGCUGGGGCUGGUGGGGCAGAUGAAGGGGCAGAUACCGCCCGCCAACACACCCGACGCGGGGCGCCGCGCCGCCGCAGCCGCCGCUGCGGCGGGCAACGCCGCAGGCGCUGCACAGAUGGUCGGGCCUGGCGGCGACGGCACGCCCACGACGGCGCCCGCCAGCGCGACGGGCAGCAACCCCAACCAUAGCAAGCCCAUGCCUGACCAGCGGCCAUCUGUGGAGGGCUCCAACGGGGUUCAGCUGGACACGAGCUCUCUGUCGGCAGGCACAGGUGCCGGCGGCGGCGGCGGUGCGGGUAGCGGUCGCGGCGGCGCGACGGCUCGCGCCAGCAACCUGCCGUCAUCCAUGUGGCCUGUGCAAGAAGACGGCGGUGCCGGCGGCAUUGCUGGUGAUGGACCCAGCCUUGCGGCUGCGGCCGCGGCGGCAGGUUGCGGCGUCGCCGGGGUUAUGCCGGGCGGCUACAGCGCUGGCGGCAUCGGCAGCACCCAGAUAGCUGUCAGCACGACGCUGGCGGGUGCGCCGACUGCAGCGACAUCGUUUGUGUCGUCAUCCUUCACGAACCCGGUCGGCGCGGCGGCGGCGAAUGGCGACAACGCCGCUGCCGCUGCGGCUGCUGACCGCAUGGCCAUGAUGUACCUCCUGCAGCAGGCGGCGGCGGCGGUGGCGGCGGCGGGUGACAACGGCGACCUGGAUGCCAGUGACUACGCCCGAGCCGUUGCGGACCUGGCGCUGGCGUCGGCUGCAGGUGCAGGCGGUGGUGCGGGCGGCGCCGGCGGCGGUACGAGCGAGGACGUGAUGCUGCGGCGCCAGGCGGAGGAGAUGCGGCGCCAGGCGGACGAGCAGCAGCGCAUGCGACAGUACCAGAACGACCUGCAGGCGUACCAGCGGGAGCAGCAGCAAAUCCACGCCGCGCGGCAGGCGCCGCCGCCGCCGCGCAUGCAGGCGCAGGUGCUGCCGACCAGCCGCCGCGAGGGCAACGCACAGCACCACCACCACCACCACCACUACCAGCAGCAGCAGCAGCAGCAGCAGCAGGCUGCGCCUGUGUCCGGGUCGGAGUUCACGAUCGGCAGCAUCGGGCUCACCGACUUUUCAGACGCGUCAUUCCUGCGAAACAGCACCGCACCGCUCAGCAAGGAUGGCAAGGGCGGCGCCGCGAGCGGCGGUGCCGGGGCGCCGGGCAGUGUGGUGGAUGAUGACACGCUGGUGGCGCCGCCGCCCGGCGCGCUGGCGGCCGCGGUGGCGGCAGCCGAAGCCGCCGCAGGCGGCGCGGCGCCGGUUGGGGCGGCGGGUGGCGGCGCGUUAGGGCCGGGGGCGCGCCCCACGCCGCCAAGUGCGGCCGGCAGCGCCUUGGGCAGCACCACGACGGGCACUGGCACGCACACCGGCACGGGCGCCUCCGGGGCGCGGCUGAUGGCGGGAACCGGCCUGAGCUCUGCGGCCGACCUUGUGGCGGAAGUGCAACCAGGCAUCCGCUACGGGCUGAUGCUGGCACUCGCGGCGGACGUGGCGAGCGGCCUGCUGCACCUGCACGCACACGGGGUGGUGCACGGUGACGUCAAGGCCAGCAACGUGCUGCUGAAGCAGAUCGUGGUGUCGCCUGACGGCUGGGAGGCGGUGGGGCGGGCGCUGGACACGGCGCCGUCGGCGCAGCAGCUUCAGCCGCAGCAGUCCAUGUCCGCAGCCACCUCCAUCCUCAACACUGCGGCGCCCUUGGUCGCAGACUUGCAGGCGCAAGGGCACCUGGGCUUGCUUGCGGGCGGCAGCGGCACAGUGGCGGCAGCGGAUGUGCUGGCGGCUGAACGUGGGCCGCGAGUGGGCCUGUGCGCCAAGGUGUCGGAUUUCGGGCUUUCCACCAUGAUAUCGGCCGCCAACACCGACACACACAUCAGCGCCACCACGGCGGCCGGAUCCCUGUCACACAUGAGUCCAGAGCUGCUGCUGUGCGGCCACGUGAGCAAGGCCGUGGACGUGUACGCAUACGGCGUGCUGCUGUUCGAGCUGUUCACGGGGGAGCGAGCCUGGGAGGGAAUGCCGAGGGCGCUGCUGCCGGCCAGGGUUGCGCUGGAGGGCUGGCGGCCCGUAUUCCCGCCGCACACUCCACGCGGGUUCAGGGAGCUUGCGGAGCGGUGCUGGCACCCAGACCCGGCCAAGCGGCCCCAGUUCGAGGAGAUUCUCACCACGCUGCGCACCCUGCGCGAGGGCUGGGCGGCCGCCUGCGCGCCGCAGCCGCCCGCCGAGUGGUCCGCCGUGGUGUCGCCGCAGCUCGCCUUCCUGCAGCAGCUUAUGGCGCGGCGCGCCACCGGCCCAAAGUCCGCCAGCGCGGUGCCCACGCCCGCGGGCAAUGGCAACGGACAGCCGCCGCCGCAUGUGCACGGCUCGCCCGUGCCCACGCAAGCCACUGGACCGCAACUGUAGGGGGCAGGGGCAGCGCCUGCAGCAGCUGCAUAUAGCAACUGCAGCAACAGCAAACGAUGGCGGUGGUGGUGCUGGCGAUGGCGGACAAGGCAGCACAGGCGCGAGGUGCGGUGUGCAGAGACAGCUGGCAACUGGAAUGUGCUCAAGCCGGACUGCCUGUUGUUUGGUAAGGAUAGGUUGAGCGCGCAGGACGGCACGGGUCCCGGGGGGACGUCUGCGGGCAGGCGUCUAGGCGGCGCGAGCCACACGAGGCAACAGCACGCUGGGCACUGGAAAGUGCGACGUGUGAUUGGUACCAUGGACAGCCAUGGGGGCUACAGCGGCCAACGCACGCUCUUUGGUGGAGCGCUUGCAUGUCGGAGCAUGGCCGAUUGGCCUGUGGCGAACCUCGAAGGGCUGCGGCUUCGGAGGGUUUGGGUGCGGUAACGCCCCUGGACCCGGCGGAGUGGCAGGGGAGCGACGCUUUGCCCAUGCGCUCCCUCUACAGGGUACCGUGCAUGAAUGUUGUGGGGCAUGACUAACAGAAAUGCAUUCCUAUAGUCACACUGUUUCUGCUUCGCCACGUAAGCAUUGUGGUAUCGGGCGGACGCUGCGAUGUUGUUAUGGUACUGCCGUGCCUGCCGUAUCACGUGACCAGUAUCCGGACAGAGCUUUACCUCGGAGAUGUCGCUGCACUCUGCUUAUGGGUACUGCGGGUGGGUGUUGGGGUGCAUGGACCCGUUCAUGAUGUACCGAUACCAAGUCUAGGACGUUAGGACAAGGCGCGGCCUGGUGUAUGCCACUUGUUGCUAGUUUUGGGGAGUUGGCGCAUGCGGACGUGUUCUGGGGUGCAGGUGGUGUGGCGGUAGAGGGCAUGUGUGGAAUGGCGGGAGGGGGGGGCGUCUGAGCACCCUGAAGCUCGGUGGGUAAGGCAGCCACCUCCUUGUUGGGAGUUGAAACUGCACUUUAUGGGAUCGAUUGCAUCGGAAAGGACCACAAGACCAAGGGCUACAAAGAACGGCGGGGGCUAACGGUGCGUGCCUCGGAUGCAGCAACACCACGGCCACCGAGUACGUGCGCGGCCACUGCAUCCGGCGCUACUUGCCGUACUGCAAGUCCGACCGAAAGCGCCGCGGAGAGUGCCAUAAGAGUAGUUAUCGGCGAGGUUUCCGGUGAGGAAGUUUCGCGUUGCCCUUGGUUUAUUCACUGCACGGCUGACUCGAAGCAAAUGCAUUACGAUACACCGGCUUUGAAGCUGGUGUUUGGUGUGUUCCGGUACAAGCAGUGCGUUAUUAUCAAUGGCCGGCUAGGUGAGCGGGUUGCAUAUGAUUAGCAACUGUGCUUCCGUCGGGUACUUAAUUGACCGGCCGGCCGCAAGCAGCGGUGCCGCUGACGCGCAUUGUGGGACGCCCUCAAUACCGUAGUUGAGAUGCGCUUGACCCCGCUAAUGCAAGUGGUUGUUGCAACCGGGAUGCAGGCCGGGGAAGGGGUUGCUUGCCAGGGGAAGCGCGGAGCGCCUGGUGUGCUGGAGCCGAGUGGCGCGAGGCCGGUCCUGCGACGGUGUCGCGACGGCGUGAGGCUGACUAACAGGCGAGCGACGCGGCAUUCCGGCUUCCCUGGAGCCAGCAGGCCUGGUGCAGUCCUGCAACGGUGUCAACGUGGGGAUGCAUGCCUGCAAAUGGAUGCCAGGCCCACGAUGUAGUAGUGAAGGGCCACCGCGGAAACGCCGUGCCCGCCAAUUAACUACCAGCUUAGAGCGGAAUGCGCUUAAUGUGCGUCAUACGAGAGAGCCUUGACUUACGAACUGUGUGAGAUUGCAUUACCGGGAGGAAGUGUGAGUAGUGUAUCGGGUAUUUGGCCGGCACAUCUCGAGCUGCCGAGGAAUGUUCCUGGCGUUGCGCUGCCUUGACGCCCGGUGGAGCUGCUCUCCGGCAUCGUAUCCGCACAAACGUUCCCGGGGAUAAGCUGGGCGCGAGUGCUUGGCGGCGUCAGAAGAAAGGUUGUGGAAGGGCUAGCGCUUUCAAGGAGGCCUCGCGUGGGAUAAUUGAUGUACCGGUACCUACUGCUCGUAGCGAUGUAUAAAGCUAGUAGUACAUCUUCACUUGCAUACGGUAGUGUGGCAGCUGUGUGAGGCACCGCUGUCAGCAUGUGUUUGGAUGUGUGCGGCUGCGGCCGCUGGACUGAGCAGACACCUGGCUGGCGGGGCCUUUGCAAACCGACCCCGCCCAAGUCUGGGAAAUGAGUCUAUUUCAGUACAGCUACGGCCUCAGACAUGGACAUGAUGUGGUGACGAGUGUGGUGGGAACGAAUGCGUACGUAGACCAGAGCGGACGGCGGAGUGGGCUUGCAGGUGGCACGAGAGUAGGCAGUCAGUAGCGCAAGUUGCGAAUUCACAUGUUACCUCGUAACCGACG